AUGGGUUUCCUGAGUGGACGCAGCGGAAGCACGCCUCCAUCAUCAGCGACAGAGAUAAGGGUUUGGUUCCAGCAGCUCGAUAGAGCGUACCCCCACCUGCUGAACCUCAGCCCCCCCCACAGGAGCGGUCAACGUAUGAAGGCGCGCGAGCAUACGUUUUUGCUGCUGGCCGUCAGGGACAACGGGAGGCCUGAAACGCCCGCCACGGUGGCGCAAGGGGUGGGACCCGGGGCCACAAUCAGCCGCAAGGUGGCAUGGGCGUCCCCGGUGUCGGCACCGCCCGGUUCAACCGGGCUGGUGGCGGUCUGGCAGGGAGGGGUGGCAUCAACGCUCCCAAUGCACAGCAGGGGCUUUGGCUAUGGCCGGAGGGACGGGGGAUCAGGGUCUGCUGCAACGCGACCACGAUUCGGUAUGGAGAGUGGUCAGGGUGUCGGUGGGAGUGGCAGCGCGCAUGGUGGAGGUUUUAGUCGCGCGUCUGCAGGGGGUGGGAUGCCAGUUUCUGGCGGACAUGGCGAUGGGGAGAACGACCUAGGAGGCACCUGGGAUGACGGCCCGGGCACCGGCGGAUUUGGGUUGGGAACGCAGGAGAAUACGGCUGGGGUGGGAGGGGUGUCUAUGGGAAUGGGAACCAGAGUCGGUGUCGGGGGGUUCGGCAUGGGAUCGGGAGGUGCCGGUGGAUUGGGUUUUGGAACAUGGCCGAGACGUGUGGGCCGUGGGACAGGAUCGUUUGAACAAGGGGGAGGGGUGGGCUCGGGGGUGGGGACCGGGGAAGGCAUGGGGGGCUUUGGCUUGGGCAUGGGACCUGGAGGAGGAAUGGGAGGGGUGGGCUUGGGUGCAGGGAGUGCCGCCAGGUUUGUAGGUGUUGGCGGUGGGGUGGGAUCUGGAGGAGUGGGAGGUGUGGGCGUGGGUGCGGGGACUGCACAAGGGGUGGGGACCGGGGAAGGCAUGGGGGGCUUUGGCUUGGGCAUGGGAUCUGGAGGAGGAAUGGGAGGGGUGGGCGUGGGUGCAGGGAGUGCCGCCAGGUUUGUAGGUGUUGGCCGUGGGGUGGGAUCCGGAGGAGGAGUGGGAGGGGUGGGCUCAGGGGUGGGGACCGGGGAAGGCAUGGGGCUUUGGCUUGGGCAUGGGAUCUGGAGGAGGAAUGGGAGGGGUGGGCUUGGGUGCAGGGACUACUGCCAGGUUUGUAGGUGUAUGGGGGGCUUACACCUGGGGUUAGGAGGGGCAGGAGUGGGAGGGGUGGGCGUGGGUGCAGGGUGUGCCGCCAGGUUUGUAGGUGUUGGUCGUAGGGUGGGAUCUGGAGGAGGAGUUGGCCAAGUGGGCGUGGGUGCGGGGACUGCACAAGGGCUGGGGGGCUUUGGCCUGGGGUUAGGAUCAGGGGCAGGAGUGGGAGGGGUGGGCGUGCGGGUGGGGACUGCGGAAGGCGGCGGGACUAGCCUUGGAACGGGACGUGAGGGAGUAGGAAUGGGGCCUGGCAUGGGCCCAGGGUUCACGAGUGGCACAGGGAGAGGCUUUCGUUAUGGCAACGUGGGCAUGGGCCAUGGAAGCGGGCAACGUACACAAGACGGGCGUGCCGGAGACGGUGGUGGUGGUGGUGGAUCACCGAUGGUGGGUGUGGCACCGUCCGGAGGAAUUCCCAUCGCACCAGGUGCCACAAGAGCGGGUGGACCGUUCAACCUGGGUGCAAUUUACAGGAGAGCACAGGAGGGUUACAACGCCGAUGCAAUCACUAACGAAGUAGCUGCCCAACUGCAUACCACCGAUCAGAACAGUUGGCGACAUUCGGCAUUGGAUGUCGACGAUAACUUGCACGCUGGCCUCACUGAGAUCCUUGCACUGCCAUGGCCGGAUACGGGACCGCAUGGCGACGCCCUUCAUGAUGGGGAGGACGAACCGGGGUACGAGGAUGACGAGGAUGUGCCCGACGAAGGUGUUCCAGGAGCGGGUGACGUUGAGGGCGAGGAGGAGGGGGCCAUUCAUGUGCAAACCGGGUUUCACUGCAACAGGCAGAGAUCACGGCUGGUACGUGAGGCCUCUUCUGCAGCUGAAGGUGUGUGUGAUGCACCACACCUGAUUGAAACAAGGGUAGGCCGCCCGGAGAACAACGAGCGCAUGGAGGCUAGAGGCAUGGGUUACAAGUGCGGGAGGUGCGAGCAGCACGGUCACAACAGGAGCACCUGCAAGUGGAAGUUUGGGGGUUACAGCAUUGGGCAAGGGUUUGGGAUAGGUGCUGGGGGUGGUGUUGGGAGAGGUGCAGGGCGUGGAGUUGGAACUGGUGCAGGGCAUGGAGCGGGAGCUGCCGCGGAGCAUGGGGCAGAACCUGACGCAGGGGUUGGAGCUGGGAUUCCUCUUGUCAGCGGAGUUGGGACACCUGGUGAGACUUGGGAUGGGCUUGGUGCUGGGAGAGGUGGGGGGCAAGGAGCGGGGAGAGGUGCUGGGCGAGGUGGUAGGCGAGGAGCGGGGAGAGGUGCUGGGCGAGGUGGUAGGCGAGGAGCGGGGAGAGGUGCUGGGCGAGGUGGUAGGCGAGGUUCUGGGAGAGGUGUUGGGAGAGGUGCUGGGAGAGGUGCUGGGAGAGGUGCUGGGAGAGGUGUGGGGCGUGGUGCUGCUGUGAGUGGUGCUGGGAGUGGUGCUCUCGAGAGUGGUGCCGGGCGUGGUGCUGCUGUGAGUGGUGCUGCUGCGAGUAGGGCUGCUGGGCAUGGUGCUGGGAGUGGUCCUGCUGGGCAUGGUGCUGGGAGUGGCCUUGCUGGGCAGGGCGCUGGGAGUGGUGCUGCUGGACAGGGUGCUGGGAGUGGUGCUGCUGGACCGGGCGCUGGGAGUGGUGCUGCUGGACCGGGCGCUGGGAGUGGUGCUGCUGGACCGGGCACUGGGAGUGGUGUUGUUGGACCGGGCGCUGGGAGUGGUGCUGCUGGACCGGGCGCUGGGAGUGGUGUUGCUGGACAGGGCGCUAGGAGUGGUGUUGCUGGACCGGGCGCUGGGAGUGGUGCUGCUGGACCGGGCGCUGGGAGUGGUGCUGGUGGACCGGGCGCUGGGAGUGGUGCUGCUGGACCGGGCGCUGGGAGUGGUGCUGCUGGACCGGGCACUGGGAGUGGUGCUGCUGGACCGGGCGCUGGGAGUGGUGCUGCUGGACCAGGCGCUGGGAGUGGUGCUGCAGGGCACAGUGCAUGGGAGUAG